AUGGCAAACUUAACAGGCCGUGAACCGAUGCUGCCUGCCGGGCUGAGCGUAGCUUCUCGUAGUUCGUCCCCCGAGCAAGCUACAUCUAGAAAAAGCAGCCACUCAAUAAAGCCGUUGAUCGUGCUGCUCAUCCUAGUGCAUCUAUCGGCGGUACUCUAUACGCUUCCCCUAAACCGCAUUAUCGAGCUUAGGCUUUGUCAAGAGCACUAUGAGCUGCACGAUCCAUCCGUCAUAGGAGGCGAUGGAUCCGUACCGGAGAAGCUUUGCAAAAUUGAUGAAGUCCAACGUGGACUAGCAUGGCUGCAGGGUGUCAUGGAGACUACGCUGGUCGUGUGCGACUUCCUGGUGACGAUACCUUUCAGUUUCGUUGCGGAAAGAUUCGGAAUUCGGAUCGUGCUAUGGUGCAGCCUCAUUCCGAGGAUGUUCAUGAGCGUGUGGGCUAUCGCGAUAGGGUACUUCGCUCAUGUCUUGCCGAUCAAAGCCAUCAUCGCAGGGCCAUUCCUGGCUGUGCUGGGCGGUGAAUGUGUUUUCCAGUCGACGAUCUUCGCGUUGACAUCUGCGUUGGCUGGUGAGUAUGUUCAGCGCGCGUCCUACUUUUCGUACAUCAGUUCGACAUCUUAUGUUGUGUCGUUCAUGGGUCCCACACUUGCCUCGGUCACAAUGAGCUGGAACGUAUGGCUGCCCUUCUGGCUCAAUAUUGGUUUCUUGACUUGUGCGAUACCGACGGUUAUGCUAUUGCCUAAGACGAUGAGACCGCCUCUGAUCAACAUUUCCCAGUCGUCUAGGAAGCCUGACAACGACGAUAUCGAAGAAGCUGGACCACUUCUUGAACAAAGAGAAGGUAGUUCAAGCCGCUACGCCAAUGCGUUCGAGAAGCCUCAAGGCUUUGUCCAAGAAACUGUGCAAGCGGCUCGGAAGUUGGCAAGCUUGAUCAGAGGGCGUCAAAACUUUCAAAUACUGCUCUGCUCGUUCUUUCUUACUGCCCUUGCCAGCUCGGAUACGAAGCUUCUCGUUCAAUACAUCUCGAAACGCUACGAGUGGACAUUCUCUCAGGCUGGCUUUAUGCUCUCAGCAAAAGCGAUCGUCAACUUCACUCUACUCGCAAUCAUCGUUCCGCGUCUCAUCCGCAAGUCAAUGUCGUCUAGAGCUGUGCAUGGCUCUGAAGUCCGACUUAAUUUCCUGGGAGCUGAAGCAAGUAUCUUGGUAUCCGUUGUUGGUGUGCUGUGUGUGGCUCUUGCGUUCAGGUUCUGGAUGUUGCUGGCAGCUCUGAUGAUCUAUGCUCUCGGCUCAGCUCUGCCAGUGUUUACCAUGUCGCUCGUCAAAUCUCAGCUCAUAGCGCUUGGCGACUCGGAUACGCAAGACUUCAGCAUUGUCAUGCUCACCAAGACGCUGGGCUCACUCGUUGGAGCCCCAUUGAUGGCGUCUUUGUGGAUCAGGGCUAUUGAGCUUGGAGGUUUUGGGUUGGGCUUGCCCUACUUUGUCUCAGCGGCUAUAUACCUGGCUGCUGCUAUGGUUGUAGCCCGAAUGCGACUUGAACAGACUUAG